AUGCCCGCAAUUAUGGUGAAUGAGUUUUCGUGGAGGCAAACGCCUGAAGAAAUCGUUAUCUCUGUCACGCUGACUGGAAAACCGAGGAAAGUCGACAUAUUUGCGAUUGGAAAUUAUUUAAAAGCAAGUUAUCCGCCGUUCAUCUUAGAGCUGUUUCUCUACGAAAAAAUCCUCGAGGACGAGAGCUCUUGCACUCUCAGCGAAGAACUGGCGAUUUUUACGUUGAAAAAAUUACAAGUGGGCAGAGAAUGGCAAAAUUUGACACAACAGGAUUUGACUAAAGAUGAAAAAAGGGAAAUUCGUAGUCAGGCACUGGAACAGGCGCGAUUGUCAGCGGAGGAGCGCGCUGAGGACCGCGCUGAGCGGCGUCAAUUGCUCCAGAGGAAGGCGGUGAGGGAGCAGAUAGAAUGCGACACUAGAGUCCAUAAUCAGAUUCAGGAGUUGCGAGAUGGUCAUCGGAGGGAGGCUAUGACGGAAUUCGAAGAUUGGAGACAGAAGGCGGAGGUACCAAUGUUCGAUCAGGAGACGGGGCUUCUUCAGGAGAAUAGAAAACAAUACAAAACCCCGGUGAACUGGUUCAAAGAUUCCCCAGACCCUGCGCCCAUUUCCAAAUCUCCAUCGGUUGCAGCCCUCGACAGCAAAAGUGUAAACCAAUUAGACGCCCCGCACGCAAGUAUCCAAGAAACAGGAGAAAAUAGGAGGGAAGAAGAUUUGAAACGAGGAAAAAAAAUAAUUGACGACAUUCUGAGAGGAAAAUAUCGUGGACGUAUGGAGAUAUUCGACGAUACCAGCGCUCCGAUGCCGCGCCAAUGUGGCAUGAUAAACGUGACCUUUUCGGAAAGGAUGUUUCCAACUCCAGCGAGGGAGAGUAAUCGACUCGAGGAGCAAGAGGUAUUCGGCAUUUUGCUUCCGAAUGGAAGCAUUUUAUUUUUAUUAUCGCAGUGGCUAAUGAAACAAGCCGAGGCCAGGAGAAAAUGUGGCUUCGCUACGGAGGAGCUCUCGCUGGAGGAGCAAGAUCCGCAGUGGCUCAAAGACAAGGGAGACGACUUCUUCAAAGUCGGCAACUACCUCGCCGCCGUGAGUGCCUACACACACGGCAUAAGAUUGAGUGGAAACAUGUCGUCGCUCUACGCGAACAGGGCAGCAGCGCAAUAUGCCCUGGGGAAUUAUAAUCGAUGCGCUGAGGACAGUUCAAAGGCGCUGGAGCUGAUGGUCCCAAAGUGCGAGGGUAACCGUGAAUCUCGUGCACGCUGUCACGCUCGACUUGGUGCCGCUCUCUGUAAAUUGUCGGCUCCACAGCACGGAAUCCCGGAAUUUGAGGAGGCCCUCAAAUUGGCCCCUGAAAAUGAUACCGUACGGAGGGACUUGGAGGAAGCAAAGCAUUAUUUUCAUCUUCAUAAUUGCGAGGAAUAAUCUCUUCCAU